CGCGUGGCAUGGACAGUGGUUCGGGCCGUCUGGUUCCCGCCCAGCCCCCGCUGCCCCCCCGGGAGUAUAAGCUGGUGAUGCUGGGAGCGGGCGGGGUUGGGAAGAGCGCGAUGACCAUGCAGUUUAUAAGCCAUCGGUUUCCUGAAGACCACGACCCCACCAUCGAGGACGCUUAUAAAAUCCGGAUCCGGAUCGACGACGAGCCGGCCAGCCUGGAUAUUCUGGACACCGCAGGCCAGGCCGAGUUCACUGCCAUGCGGGACCAGUACAUGCGCGCCGGCGAAGGAUUUAUCAUCUGCUACUCCAUCACUGACCGGCGCAGCUUCCACGAGGCGCGGGACUUCAAGCAGCUCAUCUACCGGGUGCGGCGCACGGAUGACACGCCGGUCGUGCUGGUCGGGAAUAAGUCGGAUCUGUCGUACCUGCGCCAGGUCUCUAAGGAGGAGGGCAGCUCUCUCGCCCGUGAAUUUGGCUGCCCGUUCUUCGAGACGUCCGCCGCGUUCCGUUACUACAUCGAUGACGUCUUCCACGCGCUUGUGCGCGAGAUCCGGAAGAAGGAGCGGGAUGCGGCUUUGGCGCUGGGGAGGAAAUCCAAGCCGCGCGCCUCGCUCUGGAAACGCUUCAAGUCUCCUUUCAGAAAGAAAAAGGAUUCAGUGACUUGAAAGGACAAUCGAUUUCUAAUUGCCCCAAAACACUUGGG